UCGCCUGGUUCACUCGUGUUUCCUCGUUUAGAGAGGACCUGCCCUUCCGUGUUCACUUCUGAAUCGGCCGAUUGGAUCCGACUGAGCUGUCACAAACAUUAGCCGUGUAAAGCGAAACUUAAUAUUAUCUUUUGUAAAAACAGAAUAUGGUGGUAUGGGGCAGUCUGGCAGCAAAAUGGAAAGUCACACCAAAGGCAGCAAUGACAAUUUCCCAUCUGCUCUGACAGAUAGAAGUGGAUUCCAGUCCGUGAGGCAAACAAUCCACUGGUUGUCUGGAUUUUUGUGGCAGACAUUGGAAGGACGGCUAAUACUAGGAGUUGGAUUUGUACUUGGUCUGUUUUUUAUCCAAAAGCCAUAUGUUUACAUAGGGCGGUUUUUGAAACAUUACAAAGGAUGUUUCCCAGGGAUGACCAAAAAAAAUCUCAGUGUAACCCCAGCAAUGGACCUACUAGAAUACUGUGAACUGGAAUGGAAAGGAAUGACACCUCAUGCUGAUCAAAUAAGGAAGGCCUAUGGAGAAAUCUACAGGGUACAUAAUAUCAGGUACAUUUGCAGAGUUCGUGGAGACAACUACUGUGCAUUGAGAGCGACACUGUUUCAGGUGCUCAGCAAUGGCAUACCCUUUCCAUCCUGGAUGAAAGAGCAAGAUAUCACAAAGCUCCCUGAGAAGCUGUUUUACUCACAAGGCUGCAACUGGAUACAGCAGUACAGCUUCGGACCAGAAAAAUACACAGGACCAAAAGCCUUUUAUAAGCUACGUAAAUGCAUAGACCUGUUGAAGUUUCAGUGGGGUGAUAUUCAUGGACUCAAGGAUAAGAAGGCACGUGAAAAGGCCUGCAAGCUCCUGUUCAUGGAUGAAUCAAGCGAGUACAAGAUGUACGAGGCAGUGAAAUUCCUCAUGCUCUACCUGGCCAUUGAGAUGUUUGAGGGCAUGAGACACGGGCAAGAUGUCCCCAAUUUCUGUGCAAUCCUUUUCUCAAGGGACACAUCUUUAGACCCUUUUAGCUUCAUGCUAAAUCACCUGAACACCAUUGGUGACUCUGGUGGACUUGAGCAGAUUGAGAUGUUUCUUCUUGGAUACACAUUACAGCUGCAAAUCCAAACCUUCAGACUGUACAAGUAUGGCACAGAGGAAUUUGAAGUUAGUUUCACUGAUGUAUGUGGGAGGGACUGGCACAAGAUCACCCUCCUGACAGAGGAUGACAGACAUUAUAACAUACCUGUUACCCACCAAUAGGUAGAGGAUGAAACCACAAGAGCCUCUGAGUAAAUCAUGUUGGGUGCUGGUGAUAAUCAAUAUUGAGUCAUGACGGAGUGGGUCACAGCCCGAUUUGUUUUUUUGAGUUGUUUAAUAUUCUGAUUCUAUAAACAUUUCCUUGUGGACAGCACUUCCUGCUAGGUACAGUAGCAACCACAUAAUGUAUGAAUCUUUUUUUGACAAAUCUUCAUAGGACUAUGAAGUUAUAAUGUAUAUAUUUGGAAAGGAGAGUGUAAAAAACUUAUGUUAAAUAUUUUAAAUAAAGCACAGGUGAUGCACUUGAGUAAUACUAAAUUAAUAGUAUCCAAUUUGAUUGUAACUCUUUUGAAUCUAAUAACUACAACUGAGUGUCACACACUCCAGCAGUGAGUGUGUCAUUGAGUCCAAGCCCUUGCUGUUAAAAGCAUCGCUAAUGGGAAUGAUCCUUUGGUCAGAAGGUCUGCUGUGAUGCAGUAUAAUGUGAUAUCUUGUAACAAUUGUAAGUCGCCCUGGAUAAGGGUGUCUGCUAAGAAAGAAAUUAAUAAUAAUAAUAAUAAUAAUAAUAAUAAUAAUAAUAAUAAUAAUAAUAAUAAUAAUAAUAAUAAUAAUAAUAAUAAUAAUAAUAAUAAUAAUCCUUUGAGUAGUAGUGGCGUGCCGUGACAAAAUGGACUGGGGGGGGGCUCCCGAGUGGCGCAUCCAGUAAAAGCACUCGCUAGAGUGCAGGAUGUGCUCUAUAGCCUGGACGUUGCCGGUUCGAGUCCAGGCUAUUCCACAGCCGACCGUGGACGGGAGCUCCCAGGGGGCGGUGCUCAAUUGGCCGAGCGUCGCCCGGGGGAGAGAGGGUUAGGUCGGCUCACCACGCAGCAGCGACCCCUGUAGUCUGGCCGGGCGCCUGCGGGCUUGCCUGUAAGCUGCCCAGAGCUGCGUUGUCCUCCGACGCUGUAGCUCUGAGGCGGCUGCACAGUGAGUUUGCAGUGUGUAAAGAAGCGGGCGGCUGACGGCACACGCUUCGGAGGACAGCGUGUGUUCAUCUUCACCCCUCCCGAGACAGCGCAGGGGUGGUAGCGGUGAGCUGAGCCUAAAAAAUAAUUGGGCAUUUCAAAUUGGGGAGAAAAUAAUAAAAACUAAUUGGCAACGACUAAAUUAUAAAAAAAAAUAAUAAUGGACUGGGGUAGCAGAGUCGUCGACCCCCCCUCCAAUUUUUCAGAGAAAGUUCUCCUUGAAAAAUAAUUCGUAACCAAAUUGACUAUGAUGUCUCCGUUUUCUCAAUUAUUUUUAUUUUAGUGUAAAAUAAAAUUUGAAAUAAUUAGAUGUAAAGGUAUUUGUAUUUAUCAAUGUAUAUUUAUAAGCAAUAUCGUGCAAACCCAGCUAUCCUCCUAACUGCAGUGCUAACCAAGGAAUAUUCAUGUUUUGGGGUUGCUCACUAAUGAUUGGUCAGCUAUCAGAGCUUUGACUUUCCCAUUGGUUGCAAAAGCAGGCCCUUCAAGUCAGGCAGAGAAUACCCUGGGAGAUUUAUGACCCACCUCUGCUCACUCCUGAUUGGUCGCCUGUCUAAAAAAAAAAAAAAAAAAAGAGGACAUUCUCGCCUAUUGGUUAAACUCACUCAAGACCUUCAAUUGAAACGGAGAAUACCCUCAACUGUUUUUUUUUUCUAGCAUUUGGUCGUUGUUUUUGACACAUGCGGGGGAAAUGCAAAUCUCUUACUGGCUGAUCACAUCCCCUUCAGGAAACCCCUAGACUCUUAAAAAACCUCUAGUAAACCCUGUAAGUCAUCUUGGAUAAAGGCAUCAGACAAAUGAACAUAUAUAAUAAUUAGAGUAGUAUGUUUCAUAGUAUAAGCAAGCACACUGUACGCAAGUGAGUGAGGCAACGUAAUGUCAUUUGACUGACGGUUUACUUGGCACUGUCUGGUCAGCAGAGAAUACCUUGAAGGUCCUGACGGCACGCCACUGUUGAGUAGUGAGUUCUAAAAUGCACUGCCGGUCCUAUGGGAGUGAGUUUUUUUUUUUUUUUCUGUCUUCUGCAUGCGCUUGAUUAUUACGAGUACAGCUUACAAACAAGCUGAAAGCUAUAUGUUUGUAUGUAUGUAGUGAACACUAAUGAAAUACAUCCACAUCAUUUUUACAAUAAAUAAAUAAAACAAACA